GUUUGGAAGUGCUGGCAGGAAAGCAGGGAGGAGAAAAUUACCUAAGUGAUAGCGAGGUUGCCAUGAACUCUAUAAAACCGUGGGAUCGAAUCAGGCAAACUCCACCUCGCCGUCUUGAACCAAUGCACAACUCCUGACUUGAAACCCACCCCAGCACCGAGUGAGCUCAGGGACUUGAACUCCAACCAAGCACAUGAGCUCAGCAGUGCUGCAGAGCUGAACCCACGAGCGGUCCCAGCAGCACCCAGCCUUACGGGGAGCCCCGAGUAGGAAUGCUGUGCUGGGAAAGCGUGCGCAUGAUGAAGUGGAGGCAGCUUUUCUGGAUCGUGUUCUGCCUUGUGAAGUUGUCUGGUACCACUGCUGACAGCCCCACAGACAGCUUAACUGCUGUGACCUCGUCCGUGGCAACAGCACAGAGCAGCACUGGCAGCGUGGCACCCACCGGCAGCAUGGGCAGCACGGCAGCGACACAGGACAGCCCUGCACCCACUGCUCAACCCACAUCAGGCAUCCCCAGCUCCCCAGGACCCAGCAGUGAGCACAGCCUCCUAUCCAGCGCCCAUCCCAGCACCCAGAGCAGCACUCAGACCAGCCAGACCCCCACACCACUGCUGGACAACCAUCCAGAGGACACAAGCAGUGGGGCAUCCACCACGCUGAGCCCAACACUGCACCCCAAAACAACAGAAGCUGCACACCCAUCUGCAUCAACGCUGCUCAGCUCCACGGCCACCCCCAGACUGACGGCGGUCUCGGAGGCCACCACACAGCUGCACACAUCUGGUGGUGUCAGCAAGCCCAUCACGUGCCACAACAUCAAAGAAGUGAGCGACAGCGCAGCCCUCUGCCUGCGGCUCAACGAGUCCCACACCUGUAAACAUUUUUUGGAUACGAAGGGCUCAGAUUUAUGGAGUGCAAUCUGUGAAGAGGAUGCUCACCGUGUGCCCCCACCCUGCCAGAUCAAACUCGCCACGUCUGAGGUGGACCAGGAGUGCCUGCUGCUCGUCCUCGAUGGGAAUACAGAUCCUGCUAUGGAUGUGCUCCGGGAGUCUCACUGGGAAAAGUUCGGAAUCAAAUCCCUCGAACGGGGCAGCGUGCGGAGCCAUCAGGACUUUUCUCGGAAGACACUGACGGCUUUGGUCACCUCCGGGCUCCUGCUGGCAGCUCUGGGCACGGCUGGGUACUUCCUGAUGCGGCGGCGGAGCUGGAGCCCUGCGGGACAGAGGCUGGAUGAAGACCACUACGACCUGGAGACUGGCAGCCAGGGCAGCCCUGCAUCACAGGAGAAGCCGAGCGCCAAUGGGGCGCAGGAGAACGGCGCAUCCCGCAAUGGCCGCGGCACCGCGCAGAGCCUGGCCGACACCUCCAUGUGACCCCACGGAGUGCACGAGUGCCUCACACUGAACUUUUCCAUCCUUUUUUAUAUUCCUUUUCUCGUUUCUGUGAAGAAUUUCACCGUCGCCCAAAGCGCUUUGCGCUCCAGCGCUGCUUGGGGCCGUUUCUCUGCUCUCCCUCCUUCUUCCAAUGACCACACAGGGAACUUCUUUACUGCCAUCCUCUGCUUUUGUUGUUAAAAGCACACGGUGAGAAAUGCAGCUGAGCAGAGGAGGCUGAAGCCACGGUCCAAGUUGCAGCUGUGAUCUGAGCACCAGCAGCCCCAGGAUUUGGUGGUACCGUGAUUUAAAUAGUUAGAUUGGGAUUCCAGUGACACGAACCUUUCAGGUUUCAGGGAAUGAUGUUUUUUUAUCUCGUCUUUAAGCACACGACGUCUUCCUCCUUUAAGAGCAUGGGGUGUUUAAUCCCCUCCUCGCCCUUUGUGCCAUCUUCGUCUCUUAGAAUGUACUGAAACUCUGUGUAACACUUCCCACGUGGCAUUGAAGGCUGAAAUACAAACAGACUUUGAGCUCUGCUGACCCCACCGGGGUGCAGGUAGAUGUUUUAGGGUGAUGUCUCACCCAUCUCCCAGCUUGGAGAUGGCAUUAACACCACAGUAGUGAUCCAUCAUCGUGUGGUCCCAUCACCCAACCCCACAAAAUGGAGCUUUGGCCUCCAUAGGAUUUUGGGAACAGAAGAUGCCAAAGGGCUCCUGGUCAGACAUCUGCUGGACUCUAGGAUGGACGUUUCCAUUCAGACAAAAACAAAGUAUUUUUACUUUACAGUAACAAAAAGCCAAUGCUGAAAAGCCAAUAGCAGGAGCAAACCGAGCGCCGUUCCCCUGUGAACUGCUUCUCCCAGCCCUCAUUUUAAUCAUCUCAGUGAAAAAAAAAAGAGAAAAAAGAAGCAUUACAAAUGAGUGUCCUCAGAGCUGCCGCGUGUUCAUCCCGCUGGGACGUGGGGCUCAGGACCACACCUCAGUGAGCCCUUGUUUUGCAGCACAACGUGAUGACUCAAAGCUGUCCGACACGUCUGCUGGACCGAGUGACGUGCAUCAAGUUAUUAAACAGCAUUUGUUUGAUUUGCUGAUGUUUACCAUGUGCUGCUAAUUCCUGGAGAAAUAAACGAGGCUGCUGGCUGAUGGCUCGGGGCUGUGCUGACAGCAGGGUGUGUGCGUGCGUGCAGGAGGAAGAAGGCUUCCUCUAUGCACCCAAGUAAUGGUGUUGGAACUGCACUGAUUGCCUCUGCCUGAGCAAUGGGGCAGAGCUGCAGGGCAUGGAUGUGGGUGGGUGCCCACAGGUAUCCAUACCCACACCCAUAUCUCCACAUCCAUGGGUAUGGAUAGCAUGGGGUCUCUGGGUAGAGGAUGAAGAUCUCGCUCCUCCCUGUGCGCUGCUGGAAUAGUCCAGUAAAAGCAGUGGUUAUUUUGGCUGCUGUGUUUUUCAGUGCAUACAUUGCUCAGAGAUUUGGACUCCAUAGCAUCUGAAUGGUGCUGCCCUGGGUGUGGGCUCAACUGUUUCUGUCUCUCCCAGAUCCAGGGGAGCACUGACCUGCAGUGCCAAUGGGUCGGGGAGGCUGAUCUGGGGUCCCCCAGCAGAAAGCAUGGACUCAGGUGGGGCUCACUUAGAUCCCAGCUCACUGCAGCUCCUUCCACAUAUUAACACUGAAUGCUUGUCGCUGCUGUGCAGGAGUUGCCCUCAAAAACCCAUGAGUUGGACCGGGGCUCUACUGGAGGCAAUCCCAGAAGCACAGUAUGGAGGUGGGGGGAGGUCCUUCCUGGUGUAUUUUCUGUUUCCUUUUGGCAGCUGCUUAUCUAAUCAGUACUAUCUGCUGCAUCAGAAAGGAGAGAUCUAAUCAAAGCUCAGGUGCAUUUUUCACAGCUCUGGGUACGUCCUACAGCCAAACUGAGACGACAACAAAACCAGCCAUCAGCUGCUGGGGCAGAACAAAAGGCUACACAGGAACAUCCUGGUGGGCACAGAGCCGAGCAGGGCUGUAGGACUGCAGGGCUGCGGAAGGGGCUGUGGGCGGCCCAGCCAAGGCAAAGGGGCUGCUGUUGUUCCUUCCUUAUCAGACCCCUCAUGUCCCUUCCUAGUGGACUUUGCUGGGACUGUGGCUUUUCUUCUGCUCACCCAGUGCUGGCACAGCCAUUGAGUGUUACAUCUGUGCAUCAGCCCGGAGCAGAACGGAGCCCUGGUGCCAUGCAGGCUGCCCCAGACCCUUCCCCAAGCUGAAAGCAGAGACUUUGUUCAGCAAUGAGAGAUACUUUUGUGUCUGAGCUGCCACGCAGUGUUACUGUGAGCUUCAGGUUUGCUCAGUGCAUUGCUGAAGCCAAUCAAAUUCAUCAGAGCAAGCAAGUUUUAAUUAAGUCUUAUUAACUACUUCUCUCGGCAGAUCUUCCGUGGAGUGCAUAGCAAAACCAGCACAACCUUGCCAGGUGAGCCCUGCACAGCAGAACAGCCCAUCCCACAUCAGGGGAGAGCAGCUCCCCACUCUGCUUUCUGUGUCCUCAUCCUUUUUCCAUUGAUUUGGUGCAGAGCCCCCCAGCAAUAGGACCUGCC